GUGGAGUAUGAGCUUGAUGAAAAAAUGCUGCAAUUGCCGUUCAGAUUUACCGGAAUCGAAUGGAAACGGGGGAUCGGUCCAGUGCGAAAAAUGUCAGAAAAAUGAGGCAAAGUAUGGAAAGCCGACAACGUGCAAAUUUUGCCAGCUACCGGCAGCUUUUCACGAGGAAAAAUGCGUUUAUUGUUCACAUUCCGAGCGCAAGUUCGGUGCUCCAAUCCCCUGUGCAAACUGUAAACUACGUGCAGCAUUUACUAGAGAUCCAAAAAAGGCCAAGCCUACAUUGUGUCGUAUGUGUGUGCUCCAAGCACGUGCCAAUAAACUAACAAAUUUGGCUGGUGUAGCCAUUUCGUCGCAUGAACACUCCGGCCAGAAACGCAAGCGAGAGGAGAAGAAGAAGGUUGACAAGUCGCAGGCUGAACCUGCAAAGAUAAUCAAACGAGAUCCAUUUGCUGAUUCUGGCGAGAAUGUGAUGCUUGUUCAACAACUUCGCGAUCAGAUCGCGAAACUUAACUCGAUAGUCGCGCAGAAAGAGGCUGCUAUGCUGGAAAAAGACAAAAAGAUAGCAUCAUUGCAAGCAGAUUUGAUGAGUGCGGAGAGAAAGCAUCGUGAGAAGGUUGAACAGCUUCUAAAGGACAAGGAUGAAGCAAUUCAGAUGAUGAUUGAAAGGCAAAGACAAGCUAACAAACAGGUGAAGAAGUAAACUUCAUUGAUCGUUCAGGUUGCAUGAACAUUUCGUUACAGGUAUAGAAACUAUCUUAAUGAUUAGCUCACUGACUAAACUUUCAAGAGAUUGUUGGUUUUAUACUAACAAGAUUUUAUAUUCAUGUAUCAUAUCAUUAAGUUAUUUUAGUCUAAUCAACUCACUACUUGAUUUUCUAUUCUUGUUGUCUUUGUUUUAUCUUGCCUAUAAGGCUCAUAAUUUAUUCAUUUUCCAAUAGCUCCACAGUAGGCUCAUUCUUGUAUUCAGUGUUUAUAAGCUCUGAUCUGAUAUUAUUUGUGAUUUUGUGUUGAUUUGCCUUUGUGAUAGCGGUAAUUUCAUUUAUUUGGGAUGAAUAUCGCGAAA